GUAGAUGUGGGAUAUGUGCCAAAUGUUAAAUAUUUGGCACAUAUCCCACAUCAAACCCAAUUUAUGCCCAAUUAUCAGAUAUGGUAUAUGUUAAAUUUUUUCCAACUUGCUACAGUAAAAUCACAAAUAUACCAGUGUACGGACCGGUGUGGUAUAUUGGUUUAUUAUUUUUUAUUUCUCUCUCAACCCUCAUUUCCUUUCAUUUCUCCUUCAGCCCACCGCCUCCAUCUCCAUCUCCCCUCUUCCAUUCUUUUUCUUCUUCCCUCUUCCCCGUUGCUCCAUCUCCUUCAGCUCACCAUCAGUUUCGUUUCUACCAUCACUAAUCUAACCAUCACUGAUCUAACCACAUAAAUCUAGUUUUUUUUUCCCGUUUUGGUUCGCUAUGUCCUCUGUUCUACCGGAAUCGAUCUGGUUCUGAGUCUCCGUUUUCGUUGUGAGUGCUCGCAAAUCUGAAAGGGAUCUUUGUGCUUCCGCCAAAGAUUCCAGCAGCUCAUUGAUCUCGAAGGAACUUUCAGUCCAUCUGGAGCUUGAUGAAAAACGACUCAAAAGCGAAACGGAGCCAAAUCGUUAGGUUGAUUCCAACGGAGCCAAAACGGAGCCAAAACAGAGCUUGAUUCCAACGACUCGUCCACCAUUAUCAUCAGCGUCGGCGUUUGGGUUGUGGGUCUGGUUUUUUUUUCCCCCUUUUGGUUCGCAUCCUCUCUGCUCUAUCGGCGUCCUCUGGUUGUUUUUGUCUCUGUUUUGGCUGCGAUUUCUGAGCCUGGGUCUGGUUGUCGAUCUACUCUUUGAAUCAAUUCUUGGCGCAAGAACUUUGUGAGUGGACUUCCGGUUUCGUGAAAGAGGCCCUGGUCAAAUCUGUGCACGAGAAACACGACAGGAAUAGCUCACCGUACAGGUAUUUCAUCCGUCUUCUCUGUGAUUCUCUCGGUAUUUCAAUGUCUAGUUUUGAUUCUCUCUAUAUUCUGUUCAUAUGUGCUGUUGGAAUGUGUUAUGAAUUUGUUCUGCCUAAAGUUUAGUAAUGAUAUAUGAAAUUGUUUAUAUGAAUUUGUUUGCUAUAUGAAAUUCCUAAUCCCCAUUAUCAUCAAUUUCACCAUCAUUUUUGUUGUUGUUGAGGCUUUGCUUGUUUUAUUUACCUUGUCUAAAAUUUUAGCAACUUAGCAUGCGUUAAAACACAGCAGAAAUGAAGUAAUUUACCAUAUAAUCCCUAAAACCAUGAAAAUAUGAAGGAUGUACAGAAAUGAAUUCUUUAGGCAUGCAAAGAACAAAAUCAAAUUACAAGCUUAAUGACCUUUUUUUUUUUUUCAAUAUAAAUGAUGAUAUAUAUGUUAAAUUAUUUGUAAAGUAAUAUUGUUUUAAACUUAAUUUGCAAAAUAGUCUUUUUCUUCAAACUCAUCUUUUGGAGAGGUGAGUUCUACUUCUUUUAUGUUGACAUGGCUAAUGUGAUGCAGAACUUGUCUUUCCUUAAUACAAGUUUCCUUUAAAACAGUGAAACUGGUCUUUCUUAAAGAUGAGUAUGCUUGGACUCGCAUGCAAAAACUAUUCUCCUUCACAAAAAGUCUAUUUUGCAAAAUAAAUUUACAACAUUGCUAUUUUAGAAAAUAAUUUUUGAAAAUGUAUUAUUUAACAAAAAUGGCCCAAGCUUCACCAUUUGAAGGAAACCCUUCGGGCUCCUUUAAUACGUGGUUUUAUUGUUUCAUAUGAUGUAAGAACUGUUAAAUAUAUAUCAAGUGAAGAAAGAAGUUCUAGUUCCAAUUACUUUCUUGACAAUGACAUAGGAAUGGAUGGUUGAACUGACAUGAUACAUUGACAAAGUUUAGUAAUGAUAUAUUUUGUUGUAAUUAACAAACCAGAACAAGCAGUCUCCAUAUCUAUUUAGAGCAUGGACUCAAGGAAUUAUUCAUCAUUCAUUGAUCUCGUACGGGGGAAUAUUAAUCUUGAGGAUGAAAUUUUCGAUGUAUCUGAAAGUAGUCCCCUGUUAGUCGAAGAUUCUCCAGUGAAUGAUGAAGUUGCCACUUCUAAGAAAAAACAAGCACGUGGUGUCAACUUCAGUGUUGAGGAAGAUAAGCUGCUUGUAGCAGCAUGGCUCAAUACCAGUGUUGAUCCUGUGUAUGGUAAUGAGCAACAUAAAACAACAUUUUAUGGUAAAGUUGCCAAAUACUUUAUGGACCACAAGACUGAUUCUACACAUAGUGUUGCAUCCCUAACAACCCGAUGGGGAACAAUUAAUAGGGAAACAGUUAAAUUUGUUGGGUCCUUAGCUAAGAUUGAAGCAAAAAAUGAAAGUGGAACCACGGCUCAUGACAAGAUUGAGAAAGCAAAGGAAUUGUUUAAAGAACUUCACGGUUCCGUUUUUCAAUUUGAACAUUGUUGGCUAAUCUUGAAGGAUUAUCCUAAGUGGGCAUCUACUAUGCCUAGGGGAGAUUCAAGAAAAGAAAUGCCUCAAACUCCAGAUUUAAUAGAUCAAGGAGUGGGGGUUGAUGGCAUUAUGGAUUUGGAGAGGCCAAUAGGUAGAAAAGCUGAAAAGGCUAAUCGAAAAAGAAAAGAUGAUGGGCAAGAUAUUGCAACGGAAUAUUUGAAAAAGAAAAUGAAAGUUCUUGAAGAAGGUUGUGUAGCCGAAAAAGAGAGAGUACGUAUCAAAGCGGAAAAGGUUCGCUUGCAAGAGUUGAAAGAGAAUGAAAGAAUUAUGAUGCUAGACACAAGUGGUAUGAAUGAAGACCAAAAAGCCUUUUAUGAUGGACUCAAAAAGGAAAUCCUUGCAAAACAAAGAUCAAGUCAUUCGUUGGGUUAA